AUGCCCACCAUCGCUUCCCCACUGCUGCUGGCCACCACCGCUUCUGAGAGCAACAGCUCUGCCUACGACUAUGACUACCUGGAUGAUGUGGCCGUCCUGGUCUGCAGAAAGGAUGAGGUCGUGUCCUUCGGGAGAGUUUUCCUGCCUCUCGUCUACAGCCUGGUCUUCGUGCUGGGCGUGGCUGGGAACCUCCUCCUCCUGGUGGUACUGCUCCGUUACGCGCCUCGGAGACGGAUGACGGAGCUUUACCUGCUCAACCUGGCCAUCUCCAACCUCUUGUUUGUGGUGACGAUGCCCUUCUGGGCCAUCUCUGUGGCCUGGCACUGGGUUUUUGGCAGCUUUUUGUGCAAGGUGGUGAGCACCCUCUAUAGCAUUAACUUUUACUGUGGCAUCUUCUUCAUCACUUGCAUGAGCCUGGACAGAUACCUGGAGAUUGUCCACGCUCGAUCCCUCCACAGACAGAAGACCCGGCUCAGGAACCUACUUCUCAUUGCCAUCGUGUGGACCAUGGCCUUGGCCAUAUCUGUCCCAGAAAUGGUCUUCGUACGGGUCCACCAGACCUUAGACAAUGUGUUGCACUGCUAUGCAGAUUUUGGUGGGCACGCAACCAUUUGGAAGCUCUACCUGCGCUUCCAGCAGAACCUUCUGGGCUUUCUCCUUCCAUUCUUAGCCAUGGUCUUCUUUUACUCCCGCAUUGGGUGUGUUCUGGUCAGGCUGAGGCCGCCAGGCCAGGGCCGGGCUUUGAGGGUGGCCGCGGGCCUGGUGAUAGCUUUCUUCCUGCUGUGGUUCCCGUACAACCUCACUAUGUUUCUGCACUCGCUGCUGGACCUGCAAGUGUUUGGGAGCUGUGAGGUCAGCCACCGUCUGGACUACACAAUGCAGGUGACGGAGAGCCUGGCCUUCUUCCAUUGCUGUUUCACCCCCGUCCUCUACUCCUUCUCCAGUCGCCGCUUCCGCCUGUACCUGAAAGCUUUCCUGGCCGUGGUGCUGAGAAGGCGCCAGGAAUGUGGCACUGCCCAGGCCCCUCCAUCUAGCUGUUCUGAGAGCAGCAGGGUUAGUGCCCUAGGUGACAUGGUCAGCAUGAGUGAUCUUGGGGAAAGGCAAGCGCAUGGCUCCCCUAACAGGGGGGCUGUGGGGGAAUAAUUAGGCCUGCGUGACCGUGCCACAGUCUGGGAAUUGCACUGCUCUCUCUGAGGGGCAGCAUGACCAUGCUGGUAGCUCCAGUGUUCUCAAUUACCCACAAUCCUCGCUCACUAUUCUCUUCCUCUGUCUGCUUCCUGUACCCCAUGCCCCCUGCUUGAUCACCGCAACGGUCCCCACUGAUCUCUGCUCCCAUCACCGGUGCUUCUGUGGCUUCCUGGGCCCCUCUUGGCCUCCAGACCUUCGCGGCUAUGUGAUCUGUCUGUGCCCUCAUCUCCAGUGCACUCCCUUCUGGUCUCUGGGUUCAGGACACCCUGGCUUCCACUUGCCAGGCUCAUUCCAGUAGGAGGAGUCCAGCGAUGUCAUCUCCCUUGUGAGGAGUCUGGCUCAUUCCUUCUCUUCCUGGGGUCCUGGUUGAGGUCUCACCCUGUUGAUGAGGGAGGGCCCCGGGCCUGCCCUGCAUACUGCCCAGUCUACACACCUGGUGCUUCUGUGUUUUCACACUCACCACCUUCACUCAGGGCACAAGGUUCUCCGGUUUGU